AUACUUGUUUCUGUGUCCCGUAUGCUUUCAAAAAAAAAAAAAAAAAAAAAAAAACAGAGAGGAGAAAAAAGAACAAAAAGCAAUCAAAUUGUCAGGCCACAGGAGCAGCUUUAUCUUCUUUCUUUUUUCUGACCUCGCUUCCAACUCCUUUCAUAGGGUGGUGCAGAAAGUUUUGCGUCUCAGAUCCCGAUAUACGGCUUUGGCAUCUCUCUCUCUCUCUCUCUUACACCAUUAACAAUAACCAAAUAAAAAAAAAAAAAACUCCAUUUCUUUCCUUUGUGGUCCUCAAAACCUAGAAAAAAAAGCCCAUUUCUUUUGUUUAAUUUUUUUUUUCUUUUGGCUUUUGUUUUUCAAACUUUCAAAACCCCAAUUAUAUAAUUUUAUUUGUGGGUUGUUUUCUAGCGGCUGACCCUUUCCACUAUUCUUCUAAUAGUCCUCCUUCAGGUAUCAUUCCCUCCAGAAAAAAAAAAAAAAAUGCAAGAACCUGGAUUGGGAAUGAUGGCUGCUGGUGGUGGUGGUUUGGGAGGUGAAGUUUCUAUCUCCAGCGGCGGCGGUGUUGGUGGUGAUCAACACCGCCAGCUGAAGGCGGAGAUAGCCACUCAUCCACUGUAUGAACAGCUACUAUCGGCGCACGUGGCUUGUCUGCGAGUCGCCACGCCGAUCGAUCAGUUGCCGUUGAUCGACGCUCAGCUCUCUCAGUCGCAUCAUCUUCUUCGCUCUUAUGCUUCUCACCAACACCAACAACCCCAUUCUUUGCCUCCCCAUGAACGCCAAGAGCUCGAUAACUUCUUGGCACAAUAUUUGAUAGUUUUGUGCAGUUUCAAAGAACAACUUCAACAACAUGUCAGAGUCCAUGCGGUUGAAGCAGUCAUGGCUUGCCGUGAAAUUGAAAAUACUUUACAGGCUUUAACUGGAGUCAGUCUUGGGGAAGGAACGGGUGCAACGAUGUCAGACGAUGAGGAUGAACUGCAGAUGGAUUUCUCUUUGGAUCAAUCGGGCGGUGAUGGACAUGACAUGAUGGGAUUUGGUCCUCUACUUCCAACCGAGUCCGAGAGGUCUCUAAUGGAGAGAGUUCGCCAGGAAUUGAAGAUUGAACUGAAGCAGGGCUUCAAGUCGAGAAUUGAAGAUGUUAGGGAAGAAAUAUUAAGAAAAAGAAGGGCAGGGAAGUUACCUGGUGACACAACCACAGUGUUAAAGAACUGGUGGCAGCAACACUCUAAGUGGCCAUAUCCAACUGAAGAUGACAAGGCAAAACUUGUGGAGGAGACAGGGUUGCAGCUAAAGCAAAUUAACAAUUGGUUUAUAAACCAGAGAAAGCGCAACUGGCACAGCAACUCUCAAUCUGUAACCUCUCUAAAGUCCAAGCGCAAAAGAUGAUCAUCAGGAGCUAGCAUAGCCAAAUUAAUAACCAUGAAAACUCCUUUACUACCACUUCUAUGUCUGAUAUAAAAUAGGCAUUUUUAUGUGAAAAGCACUACUACUGAUCAUGAUGAGACACCUUGGAAUGUUAACUUUGAUGAUGAAUCCAAACUCACUCCUACACAAUAUGUAAUAUAUGGAAAACUAAUAGCUCUUUCUUUUACAUGUGAGAGGUUGUAAAUUCUUGUACUCCAUAGAGCAAAAUUACUUUAAUCCUGUGAUCAUGUUAUUUUCAUCUUAAUUUGGGCUUGCUUCGUGCCAUAAUACUUGCAAAAAUUUGAAAGCAAUUUCAUAUUUUAAGUAAUAUUUGAUUAUACAGAUAUGGAACUUUUUGUUCUUC